AUGCCCGUCCUGACGGGUAUACCAAUACGUGUCCUGAGAGUGAAAGUACUCGUGGGUGUGCAUCUAGACGAAGAAGAAGAGGUCGCUGUGGUGGCGAUGUCGGGGACGGAGAGCGCUGAUAUGAUGGGGGCAAAGAUUGUUAUGCGCAUUGGUGGUUUGGACUUUCUAUCUGACCAGCAGAGAUACUUAGCUGGGACGCUGCUGGGUGACAAGAUUCUUUAUACAUUUGGAAAGUUGUGGAGUGGGAAGCAUACACGAUGUUCGGUUCUCCUUCCGUAUCGUGAGGACAUAGCCGUCUUCAAUUGCCGAGACUUUGGAGUGUUUCUUGCAUGGAUUCUUCCGCCUACCUCUGAUCCUCGAGUUCCCAGCAGGUACCAUGGGAAACUCGCACCACCUCCAUCAAACGUGCUUCCACCCACUAUCAAGAACGGCGACCCGGGUGUUGAGAGCUGGAAAACCUCUCCUCGGUGGUCGUGCCAAAAGGUACACCAUAUGAGGUCGGAAGCCGCAGAUACUGCGUGGAAGGAUCGCAGUGCUCACAGUCAUAAUAAUUUGAAGGACCAGCGCGGCUGCACCGAUCGCGGCGGCAGACCUGGCCCUGGCCGGAAUAGAAGGAGCGAACUGGUAGACCCCGUUUUCAGGGAUUACGAAGACAAAGAGUCGCCGCCAUUAGGCGAGGCGAGGCGACGCGUCUAUUCCACUUGCUUGGAAUGCGUUUUGAACGCCUUCGGAUGCAAUCAUGAAGGUUUUAGAAGCCGAUGCAGCAUCGGAGAGACGCUGUGUACUAGUCAAUAACCGCAUGGAAAAUGUCUUCUGCAUGUGUACCUUCCCUUCUUCUUUGGAUACGAG